AUGAUGUCUUCUAGAAUUACGCAGGAGCUGAAAGAGCUCCCUCUAAACACGGUGGAGGACGCGCAUGCUUUCUUUUCAAUGACAGAGAAUGCAAAGCGCCAAGGCAUUGCCCUUCCACCAAUCAGUCAUUUGUUUUUCGGACGCGUUGAUUCCGGGCUGAAGUUCGAUCCCUACAACAUUCGUACUGUAUACCGAGACAACCGCCCGCUUAAUUAUUUUGUUGUCACAAAAGAUUGGGUGAUUCGAGUGAAUCGACGCGAUGCUGUGUACGAGCGCGUCGCGUCGACGCAUGAAUGGCUCCGUGAAGCAAAGACCUUUGCCCAAAUAAGCAAGAUUGGUUUUUUCCGACAUUACCUCCGGAGCAAGGCACUGUUUCGACUGUUGAACGCGGUGCGGCGAAUUAAGUUUGAACGAAACCGUGCUUUUCUGACAAAACGUCUGUUAUUGAUCACGCCAGCGUUCGAAAAUUGCUUGAUGCGCCUGCGCGCCACAGCCACCGAGUUACAAUGGAAAGCAGAAAAAGGAGCCUACGUUAAAGUAGUCUCACUGUCGACAGGCGUAGAAGAUCCUCAACCGCAGGGCUACACAGUCGAUGAGUUUUCUUCAAAGCACGAAAUUUUCGCACGAAAGCUGAUUCUGUAUAUGCGGGAUGUUGAGCAGAGAACUACUUCGCUAGUAACAAAAAGGUGCGCCGAUGUUACGGAACUGGUCAGCGGCUUGAAAGUUAUCCAAAAGGCCCCUGAGGCAAUCGGAAGCGUCAACAAGGAAGUAGCGGCGAGAGAACUACGACGCUGCCAAAUGGAGCAGAAGCGACUGGUGGUCGAUUUCGAAAGUUUGCCGAGUUUACUCCGAGUAGCCCACCAUUUACUGCUCGAGGCAAUUUUUCAGCAGGCCUGCACAACAUUUUUCGACUUGGAGGUAACGAUUCGUAAAAGGAAGCUGAACUCAAUUUGGCACUUUCGCGUGGAGUGUAUUAUUGGUGCCGAUAAGAAGCUUUCACUAGCACCUGUGAAAGGUUACUUAUUAGACACCGUGAAUACUAUCUUAGGCAAUUCAAUAAAUCAACUGGCUGACACCGCUACCUGCUUGAGUUCCGAAAGAACGGGCAGUUUUAGUUCCGCAAUCGACGCCGUUACCAUCCGCCGUGCACUCCUUGAUGACUCCUUGCUCGACACUUACAAGAAAAACAUUUUACGCCGCAUUGAAACCGAUUACGACGACGCAAAGAGCAAACUCGCCUCGUACGAAAGCUUAAUCGCUGUUUCAUCUUUUCUCACCCACUGGCGCGAAGUUUCGAGCCGCUGGGAGCACAUUUUGGCUCUGGGCGAACCCGUUUUCAACAGCCUUACUGAGCAAGAAAUUCGCAGUUACGCAGCAAAAACCUUCAAGUCACAAGCGGAACUUGAAAAAAUCGCCACGCGCUCUUUCAACUCAAUCAUUGUAAGCUGCAGCGAAAUAUUGCAAAAGUUAAGCGCUGAUUUAAAGACUGUUCUGAGCACGAUCGACGAGUCUUUGAAUCAGGCAAUUGAGUCGAAUUACAAUGCAUUAAAGUCCGAGCACCGCGACUGGACUGGAAAGCUGUGCAUUCCUGACCUCAAAGUGGAACCAUUUGUUGCGUGGUAUUUAAAUCUCCAGGAUUCCAGUGCAGCAUUCGAAAACUUUGAUAAUCAUGUGGCGGAUUUGCAGAAUUUGUAUCGCCUGCAGGCCGAAUUUCGUGAGAAGGCGCAUCUCGGACCUGCAGCAGAAUCGCCGGAUUUGGUAGCCAGUUUACGUGAGCCUUUCCAAGACGCCAUCAAAGACGCGCAAAACUUCCAAGCAGCAAACUUCAACAAAAUACGAGAUCUACUGCAAAAAGAGUAUGAACACAUUAUCGACGCUUUGCGCAUCUCGGAACGACGCCUCGCUACCACAUUUGCUGAUGAGAGCGCUGACGAAGUGGACUCCCCUGCGUUGGAAAAACUAAAAAUCACUCGCGACAGUCUCUCAGAGACUCGUCAUGUGGCCAAGCAGCUGGACGCGUUUGCUCAAGUAUUAGAAAUGGAGCCGUUCAACUGGUCUGAAAUUGCUGUCGCCCAGGACGAACUGCGGAAGUAUGUGGAGUUGUGGAAUAUUCACAAAGAAGCGGCGGAGCUGCGGAACCAGCUAGACUCAAAGGUUGUUGAUGAGUUGGACGGGCCAGAAUUGGAGAGCAACGUUGUGCUGCUCUUCCAACGCGCGUUUAAGGCACAAAAGAGCACCCCCGGUGGCGUUGCCGAUAUUCUCAUGGAAUCCUUAGCCAUUGAAAAAGCAAAGCUUUCCACCUACGUGGAGCUGUGCAAUCCUGCUUUAAAAGAGCAACAUUGGGCGGAACUAUUCAAGGUUGCUUCCAUACCACCGGUGCCGCCGUCCAGGCGUACACUCCGGGCAUUAGAACGGACGGGCUUAAUGAACGAAGAGAACGCCACGAUACUUCGCGAGGUCGUCUCCAACGCGGUCGGGGUGUACGAGCUGGAGUGUCAUCUGAGCAAACUGGAGCAGUACUGGGCAGACCACUUAUUUACCGUGGUACCGUACGCAGGCAGGUCGAACGCCUUUGUCAUAGACGCCGUCGACGAGACACGCGAAGACCUCGAGGAGCAGCAGAUUGUGGUGCAGACGUGUCUCAGUUCCAAACACGUUGCGCCCGUGCAGGCACAACUGAUGGAGUGGGAGGGAAAGCUGAACCUACUUCACUCCGUCUUGGAUGAAUGGGUUGGCGUGCAAAAGAUGUGGAUGUAUCUCGAGUUCAUCUUCACAAGCGAUGACAUCAAGAGGCAGCUGCCCGACGAAUCUUUGCUGUUCAUCUCAGCCGACCGAUUCUUCAGUUCUCUCAUGCGACGGUGCGCAGAGGAACCGCUCAUGGCACCGCUGUGCUUAGAAGGUGAUGGUGACGCGCUCAAAAAGCUGCAGAAGUGCACGUACCAACUUGAGUGCAUUCAAAAGAAAAUAUACGAAUACCUCGAAACAAAGCGAGUCGCAUUCCCACGAUUCUACUUCCUCUCAAACGACGAGCUUCUUUCCAUCCUGUCCGACUCGCGCAACCCACUUGCGGUGCAGCCACAUUUGCAAAAAUGCUUCGACAACAUCAAAUCUUUGGUGUUCGCCGAUUCCAGGACCAUCGUGGCCAUGCGAAGCUCUGAAGGCGAGGAGGUCGCGUUCACCGUCCCGGUGAAGGUGAUGGGCAACGUGGAGAGUUGGCUGAACGACGUUGAGCGGGCGAUGCAGGCAACGCUGGCGGACCGACUCGUAUUCUGCCUUGGCGCCUACUCGUCGGAGCAGCGAACGACGUGGUUUUUCGAGCACCCCGCGCAGUGCGUGACCACAGUGGACCAAAUCAUGUGGACCCGCGAGGUCGAGGACGUAAUCGCAGAGACAGGAUAUGGGUCUGCGACUGCGUGGACAGAGUAUCAAGCACACUUCGGCUCGCAGCUGCUGCAAACGGUAGAGCUCGUGAAGCUCCCUCUUACGGCGUUGCAGCGCACCGUGGUGUGCAAUUUGAUCGUGGUGGAUGUGCACUGCCGUGACGUUUGCGCUGAAUUAGCUGGGACGAGUCCAGAGGCGCCGCAACAGACGUGCGACUCGGUGCUCGACUUUGGGUGGCAGAGGCAGCUGCGCUUUUAUUACGACGUUCCCACAGCUGCACGUAACGCGGGUGGCAGCAAGGCAGACUGCUUUGUGCGUCACGGCGCUGCGGAACUGCCGUACGGCUACGAAUACCUCGGCAACCAAGCUCGCCUCGUCAUAACCCCGCUCACCGAGCGCGCCUUCCUCACCUGCACGGCGGCGCUGCACAUGCAGAAAGGCGCCGCACCACAGGGCCCUGCCGGGACAGGAAAGACGGAAUCCGUGAAGGAUUUGGGCAAGGCACUCGCCCGCCCCGUCGUGGUGUUCAACUGCUCCGACGGUCUUGACUACCGCAUGAUGAGUCAAAUGUUCGCUGGUCUGGCGCAGGCUGGUGCGUGGGCCUGCUUCGACGAGUUCAACCGCAUCGAACUCGAGGUGCUGUCGGUGGUGGCGCAGCAGAUGCUUGAUAUUACGACGGCCAUUACGCAGAAGCAGACGUCGAUCGACUUCGAGGGCCACCGCAUAAAGCUGCACCCCAACUUCGGCGUCUUCAUCACGAUGAAUCCCGGCUACGCCGGACGCACCGAGUUGCCCGACAACCUGAAGGCCUUGUUCCGUCCCGUGUGCAUGAUGAUCCCCAACUACGCCCUCAUUGCGGAGAUUAUGUUCUACGCCGAGGGCUACGGCAAGGCGCAGGCGUUGGCCGCGAAGAUGAUCCGCCUGUACUCGCUCGCAUCGCAGCAGCUGUCGAGGCAGGACCACUACGACUUUGGCAUGCGCGCCGUCAAAUCCAUUUUGGUGCUCGCCGGGCGACUCAAGCGGGCCGACCCCGACACCGAGGAGGAGCUGCUGCUUGUGCGCGCCAUCCGCGAGGCGAACCUGCCGAAGUUUCUCGUCGACGACCGUCACCUCUUUCUCGCACUCCUGCACGACUUUUUUCCCGCCUUCACCGAGGUGCCGGCGGCACCGGUGAGCGAGCUUAUUCGCAACGAGGCCGUGCGCGUGCUGGCAACAACGCUGGUUCAGUCCACCGCAUGCGCCGUGACCACCGCACUGAAGCUGCAAGCCACGGAAGGCUUGCUCUUCAAAAUCCAACAGCUCUUCGACACACUCAUGACCCGGCACGGUCUGAUGCUGGUGGGGCACACCAUGACCGGCAAGACCACGGUGCGCAACACGCUCGCCGCUGUGCUGGCGCCACUCGGCGAGUUGCUCGACAGGAAUGGGAGCAGCAGUAGCAACGACAGCAACAGCGACACCAUCGAUGGCGGGGGCGUGGUUCGGAAUCGCAGCUUACUCAGGUCCGGAAGCGUCACGUGCGCAGAUCAACAGCACAACACCGCUGCCGCGCUGCGCCGCCUCGACGCGCGCUGCCAGUCCUUCUUCACCACCACGUACUCGAUCGAGUGCAACCCAAAGGCGAUUUCCAUGACGGAGUUGUACGGCGACGUGAACCCUCUCACACGGGAGUGGCAGGACGGCGUCUUCUCCUCGAUCGUGCGCGAGCUCGUACGGGCGAGCGCGACGGAGACGAAGGGGCGAGCCGCCACGCGUCACUGGAUCGUGUUCGACGGCCCAGUGGAUGCCGUCUGGAUUGAGAAUCUGAACACCGUCCUUGACGACAGCAAAAUGCUGUGCCUCGUCAACGGGGAGCGCAUUCGCAUUCUCGACAACAUUUCCCUCCUGUUCGAGGUGCAGGACCUGCGCGUGGCGUCGCCUGCCACCGUGUCGCGCUGCGGCAUGGUCUACGUGGACGAGGAGUGCGUCGACGACGGAUGGACGCCGGUGCUGCGGAGUCUCUCACAGGCGGCGGCCGCCGAUCUGGGAAGCCGCUGGUGCCACGAGCGUUUCAUGCAGCUCUGCCAAGCGGUGCUCCCCCCGCUCUUUCAGGUCAUUCGCGAGGAAUGCCAGGAGUACAUCCACACGAGCAACGUGCAGCUGGGACUGAACCUCUUCUACCUGCUCAAGGCCGGUGUGGAGCAGCUGUGUGGCAUGAUCGAAGAGGACAGGCAGGAGCAGCAGCAUCGGCAGCAGGAUGAGGCGACGGUGUCGUCGGUGGUGAAGCUGCGCGCCGCACGUGUUUCGAUCGACACGUCAGCAGACGAGGACCCGCUGGACAUCGCGGCGGCGGCGCGGCGCUACUCCCAUCGCCAGUCGCGGCGCCACACCCGUCGCCGCAGCUCCCUCGCGGCUCGCACGUCGGCGCUGCUUCUCGGCGACGCCCUCUUUGAUGCGCUUUUUGUGCAGAGCUGUGUCUGGGGCCUGGGUGGAAAUCUGACCGAGGCGACACGUGAUCGCUUCGCGUCGGCCAUGCUGCCGUUGGUGCGACAGGAGUCGUUGUUUUUCCCUGAAGGCGUGGAGGCGGAGCAAGGUGGCGUCUUCAACUACGCCGUCGACUUCGAGACGGGCGACUGGCGCCGCUGGGGGGAGAUGGUGCCGGCGUUUCAGUACGACGCCAGCGCGUCCUACUUUGACCUGCUUGUCCCGACCGAGCAGACUGUCGUGCUGCAGUACCUGCUGAGGAGCGCCACAACCACGCAGCAUCACAUGCUGCUGAACGGCCUGACCGGCACGGGCAAGUCGUCCACUGUGAAUAGCUACCUACAGCAGGUGUUACUCACCGAGGAGGCGACGAGCAAGACGGCGGCCUUCCGCUUCACCCUCUCCGCGCAGACCUCCGCCCACGCCCUGCAGAACACUAUCGAGAUGCGGCUGGCACGGCGCAAGUGCGACCGUGAGUUUGGCGCGCCGCCCGGCAAGCGGAUGAUCGUCGCCGUGAUCGACGACUGCAACGUGCCGCAGCUGGAGGAGUACGGCGCGGCGCCGCCGAUUGAGCUACUGCGACAGAUGAUCACGCAGGGCGGCUUCUACGACCGCAAGAAGCUCUUCUUUAAGGAGGUGGUGCAGACGAUGCUGAUCGCCUGCUGCGGCGAGCCGGGCGGCGGCAAGAACGAGAUGUCGCCGCGAUUUACGUCGAAGAUGCUGUGCUUCUGCGCACCGCAGCUGACGCCGACCUCGAUGCGGUCGAUCUUCUCUGCCAUUCUCAGCGGCUUCUUCCAGACGCGCGGGUUUGCGACCGAGGUACGCGCCAUGACCGACGCCGUGGUGGACAGCACGAUCGAGGCGUACCGCCGCAUCGCCGUGGAGUGCCUGCCGACGCCGGACAAGACCCACUGCACCUUCAACCUGCGAGACGUGAGUAAGGUGUUUCAGGGCAUCCUGCAGGUGAAGCCCGCCCACUGCUCCACGCCCGAGGCACUGAUGCAGCUGUGGAGCCACGAGGCCUCCCGCGUCUUCCACGACCGCCUCGUCGACGACGACGACCGCCAGUGGUGGUGGCAGUGCUGCGCGGAGGUCAUCACGAAGCACUUCAGCGAGAGUGACGAUUCCGAGUCAUCUCCUCCUGCUUUGCCCGCCGCGGAGCUGUCGCAGCAGCUGCCGGCGAUUUUGUACGGCUCAUGGGCCGACCAUGCGAAACGCGAAUACCAGCGCAUGGGCCAGGCGGCGGACCUACAGGCUGCCGCGCAGCAGCACCUGGUCGACUACAACAUGCAGAGCACUACACCGAUGAACCUUGUCUUUUUUGACGAGGCUGUGCAACACCUCUCGCGCAUCUGCCGCAUCGUGAGCCAACCCCGCGGCCACGCGCUGCUCGUCGGCAUUGGCGGAAGCGGCCGCGCCUCGCUGUGCCGCCUCGCCGCCUUCAUCAUGAACAUGGACGUGCAGACAGUGCACAUCGCCCGCAACUACGGCAUCAACGACUUCCGCGAUGAGAUGCGCAAGGCCCUGCUGGAGUGCGGCGCUCGCGGGAAGGAGGUGGUGUUUCUGCUGUCGGACCCUCAAAUUGUCUGUGGCGAGAUGCUCGAGGACGUCAACAACCUCCUCAACGCUGGCGAGGUGCCGGGGAUGAUGGGGCUGGAGGAGAUGGAGGUGAUUGUGCGCGGCUGCCGCGAGGCCUGCGUCGCCGCUGGCCGUCCAGAUUCCCGCUCUAGCAUCUACGGCUACUUUGUAUCCCAGUGCUGCGAGCGUUUCCACCUCUGCCUGUGCAUGUCGCCUAUGAGCGGCGUCUUCCGCGACCGGCUGCGCAUGUUUCCUGCGCUGGUGAACUGCACCACCAUUGACUGGUUCUCUGAGUGGCCCCAGACGGCGCUCCUCGCGGUGGCGCAGGCUGCGCUUAAAGACAGUUCCAAUCUACCACAGCAGCAGCAGCAGGAGCAGGAGCAGGAGCAGCAGUCGUCGACGGAGAAGUUGGAUGUCCUCAUGGUCUACCUACAAGCAACCGUCAAGGAGGCCGCGGAGCAGCUGUUCGAGCAGCACCACCGCCGCACCCACGUCACCCCGACCAACUACCUUGCCGUGCUCACGCUCUUCAACUCGACGGCGCGGCAGCUGCGGCGCGACUUGCAGACCCACGCCCACCGCUACCGCAAUGGCCUAGAGAAGCUGGACAACGCCAACGCGACCAUCGCCCAGUUGCAGCAGCAGAUCUUGGAGAUGCAGCCGGGUCUGACGACGGCGGCGCAGCAAGUGGCGGAGCAGAAGCGGAGCCUCGCGAUGGAGCAGGAGGACGCGGACGCCCUCAAGAAGGCGCAGUCGGAGGAGGAGGCCAUCGCCAAAGGGCUCAUGGAAGAGGCAGAGUCGAUUCGGCAUGAGUGCGAGGCGGGCCUGCAGCAGGCGUUGCCCGCACUGGAGGCGGCGGAGCAGGCCCUCCAAACCCUCAGCGCGAAGGACAUCCAAGAAAUCAAAACCUUCACGACCCCACCGAGCAAUGUCGAGAAGACGAUGAACGCGGUGUUGGUGCUGCUCGGUGAGAAGGAGGGCUGGGCCAGCGCCAAGACGUGCCUCGGCAAGAUGGACUUUAUUUCACGGCUGACCGACUACCCCCGCGACACCAUCGCCCCGGCGUGCAUCCGAAAGCUCGCUGUGUUUGUGCAAGAUCCCGAUUUCGUGCCGGACGUGAUUGAGAAGACGUCGCUGCCAUGCCGGUCGAUGUGCAUGUGGGUGCACGCAAUGUACAAGUACUACUUCGUCGCAAAGGAGAUCGCGCCGAAGCGGGCGCGGCUGGCCGCGGCAGAGACAAAGGUGGAGGCGGCCCGCAUUGAACUGCAGGCGAAGCAGGCAGCGCUGCAGAAGGUGCUCGACCGCAUCGCCGAGCUGCAGGUCGCCGCGGAUGCCACGCAAGCAAAGGCUGACCACUUCCAACGUGAGAUUGAGACUGCACAAGGUCGGCUUACCCGAGCAGAUCAGCUGAUCCACGGCCUGGCUUCGGAGCGCGGGCGCUGGGAAGUUGCGCUGGCGAAGCUGGAGAUGCAGCUGGGGUGUGUCGAAGGGACAGCGGCGUUAGCUGCCGGCUGUGUCGGCUACCUUGGGCCUUUUCCAUUAGACUACCGAGAGGUGUUGCUGUCGCGAUGGCGGUCGCAGUGCACGACGCUCGGCAUCGCCUUCGACGCGACGUACGCCCUCGCGACGAUGGAGUCAGACGCGCUGGUUCAGCAGUGGUCCCUGCACUCGUUGCCGCGCGACACGUACUCGAUCCAAAACGCCACCAUCCUUCACCGCAGCACGCAGUGCUGCUACAUGAUCGACCCGCAAGGGCAGGCCAACACGUUUGUGCGCAAGCUGGAGCGGAGUCGUGGCCACGGUGCGGCGGACCUGUUGCAGCUGAAGCUGAACAGCCCGAACUUCAUGCGACAAGUGGAGAACGCGGUGCAGAAGGGGCAGGCCGUGCUGCUGGAGGACGUCGGCGAGACGCUGGACACCGCGCUCGAUCCUAUUUUGCUAAAGCAGGUUCGUCGGGUGGCGGGCCGCAGCGUCGUCACGCUGGGCGACCGCGAGGUCACCUACGAUGAGCGUUUCCACCUCUACAUCACGACGAAGCUCGCCAACCCAGUGCUGACGCCGGAGCUGCAGGUGAAACUGACGGUGAUCGACUUCACCGUCACUCGGGAAGGGCUGGAGGAGCAGCUGCUCGCCGACAUCGUCGGGUGCGAACGUGCGUCGCUGCAGCAGCGCAGUGACCGCUGCGUCGUGUCUAUCGCCGCGCACCGGGAAGAAAUUGCCGCGUUGGAGGCGAAGGUGCUGCAGCAGCUCAGCGACGCCACCGGUGACGUUCUGGACAACGUGGAUUUGAUUCACGCCUUGCAGACGUCGAAGGUGACGGCGGAGAAGAUCGCUGUCGAGCUGGCGGCGGUGGAGGAGACGAACAAGACGAUCAACGUCACGCGUGAGCUGUAUCGACCCCUUGCCGUCCGCGGGUCACUGCUGUACGGCGUGAUUGCACAGAUGGCGAAGGUGGACUCCAUGUACGAGUACUCCUUGCCCUUCUUUAAGGGGCUGAUGGCGUCGGUGAUGACAUCAACACGGCGUAGUAGCGGUGGCGGUACGUUGCUGCAGGCGGUGACCCCAACACCGUCGAUAACGUUCCGCCGGGAUAGCAUCGACCCCGUAAGGGAGGAGUUGCGCAGUCGCCGCGGCACUAUGAUGAUGGACCUGGAGCGGAGUGCGAUGGCCUUUGCAGGCGACGCCGUCGCCUCUGACGAGGCGGUGCUCCCUGUUGAGGAGGUGCGGGAUCGCGUCACGAUGUUGGUCGAGGAGGCGACGUGGACGAGCUAUCGCGUGCUCUGCCGCGGCCUCUUCGGCGCGCACAAGCUGCUCUUCAGCUUUGUCGUCGCGACGACGCUGCUGAAAAGCACCGGGGCUAUUACGGAGGCGGAGUGGAAUCUGUUUCUGCGCGGCGGCGGUGGUGCCGGCGGUGCGCUGGCCCCUGCCUUUGCCGUCCCCGGUGCGUCUGGUGAGGCGAGUCGCAGGCCGUCGUAUUUGUCUACCGGGACCUGGACCGAUUUUGCGGCGCUGUGCACCCUUGACGCUUUCGCAGAGGUGUGCCGCAGCUUUAUAGCCUCCCUCUCCGAUACUUCGUCUUCCCUUUCCACGGAAGCGGAUGCGGAUGCGAGAGGGGGUGCGGAGGGCGGCGCGCUGCCGUGGCCAAUUUGGUUCACGUCCACGUGGGGGGCCGAGGUGCUGUCCCGCAUGCCGUCCUCCAUCGCGCAGCUCUCCCUGUGGCACCGCGUCAUGGCCAUCAAAGCUCUGCGGCCCAAGAAGCUGCCGUACAUGGCGGCCGAGCUUGUCACGGCCACGCUGGGUCGUCGCUACACCGAGGCCCCGCCCUUCAACCUGCAGGAGGCGUUCGCCGACGGCACCAAGAUGACGCCGCUCAUUUUCGUUCUGUCGCCCGGCGUCGAUCCGACAUCGCUCUUUCUUGAUUUUGCGGAGGAGCAAGGAUUUGGGACACGGAAGUACAUGCUGUCCUUGGGCCAAGACCAAGGUGUACGGGCGGCGCAGAUGAUCCGUGACGGUCAGCACGAGGGGGCAUGGGUGUACCUGCAGAACUGCCACGUGUACGCGUCGUGGAUGCCGCAGCUGCAGGCGAUCGUGGAGGCGAUGAACCCGACGGAGAUCCACGACGACUUCCGGCUUUGGUUGACGAGCAGCCCAUCGCCAAGCUUCCCGGCGGUGGUGUUGCAGGCCGGGUUGAAGCUGACACAGGAGCCGCCGAUGGGGCUGCGCGGGAACGUGCUGAGCAUUCUACGGAGCAACAUCGUCGCGGAAAUGUGGACGUCUGCGGCGGACAGCGGCAAUGUGGAUGCCGUGGCUGCAGUGCCCGUGGCGCCGCAAACAAGAGCCGCAUCGGCGAAUGCCGCGGUUCCCUGCACCGCCACCCCUCCUGUGGAGCUGCAGCGACUUGUCUGGACGCUCGCCUUCUUCCACGUGACGGUGAUGGAGCGGCGCCGCUUUAGCCCGCUUGGGUGGAACAUCGCGUACUACUGGGGUGCCGCGGACUUCGCGGCCGGCGUCGCCACCAUACGAACGGCACUGUCUCGCUACAGCGCGGACAGGCUCGACGACAGCAGCAACAGUGACUCCCCUGCACAAGGCAGCUUUUCGACCGAGGAGCUGUGCUACAUGCUGGGCGUGAUCGACUACGGUGGCCGCGUGACGGACGAGUGGGACACGCGGUGUCUGCAGGUGCUAACGCGCCGUUACUUUGGCGAUGCGGAAGCAUCGACAGCGUCCCCCUCCGACCCCCUCGCACCACCCGCCUUUCCUGCGGAUGGCCUGACGUACGCCGAGGUGCUGCAGCUGGCAGAGACGGCAUUCCCGAGCGGCGCCGAAGGAGAGGGCGGCACCGCCAAGGCGGUGCCGGCGGAGAGCCCAGCGCGCUUUGGCCUGCACGACAACGCGACCCUCGCAGUGGAGCAGCAGCUGUCGUCGAACCUGAUCGACGCGUUGGUGUCUAUGAACGCCGGCGGGGUCGUGACAUCGACGCAGCGGCGCCACUCCUCGUUGCGACCACCAGCGCCGACGGGCGAGGAGGGACGACAACACGACAGCAACGUAGGCGACACCGCAGCGGCCGCGGAAGAGGAGAAUCCAGUGGUGGUGGUCGCGAGGGAGCUGCUUGGUCAGCUACCCGCGUUGCUGCCACGCUGCGACCCGGUCGUGAACACACCCGCUAAAUCCUCCUCCCCCAGCGAGGGUUUUACCAAAGCGGCCGCUCUCGCCGACCCAGCUCCGCUGCAUACGCUGCUUUCGCACGAGACGGACCUCUACAACCGGCUUCUGAGCGUCAUGCGCAGCACCCUCGAGGAGCUGAUGCGGGCGGUGAAGGGUGAGGUGGUGGUCACGGCCCCCCUUGAGUCCCUGAUGCAACGUCUCGCCUUUAACCAGGUGCCAGAGCGCUGGCUGCAGGUCGGCUACCUGUCCCUGAAGCCGCUCGGGUCUUUUAUGGAGGACCUGCAGCGACGUGUGCACUUUAUGCGCCGCUGGGGCGAGGCGGGGCUCCCACCGAGCUUCUGGCUGUCGGGCGUCUUCUUUCCGCAGGGGUUUGUGACGGCGCUGCUGCAGGCUCGCAGUCGCGCGUUGCGGGUGCCGAUCGACUCGCUUCAGCUGCGGUUUCGUGCGCUGACGCCACAAGAAGGCGCGCGUGUCAUGGCGGCGACAACGGCACACGCGUCGAGUGAUCUUACGAAUACUGCGGACGUGGAGCCGGUGGUGGGGGCUUACGUGCAUGGCCUCUUCCUGGAGGGCUGCGGGUGGGACCACCAGCGAGGGGGCUUCGUGGAGUCCGCCCCGGGGGCUUUGACGACAGAGUUGCCGGUGAUCCACUUUGAGGCGAUUACGGCGGACGAGUUGGCUGCAACGGCCGCCACCGCCACCACGACUGCCGCCGCAACGGCCCCGUCUGAGUACGCGUGUCCGCUGUACAAGGUUCGCACGCGUGCCGGCACGCUGUCGACGACCGGUGUGUCGACCAACUAUGUCACCUGCAUUACCCUGCCUUCGUUGGAUGGCGUCUCGGGUGAUCACUGGACGCUGCGUGGUGUCGCGGCGUUGUGCGCGUUAGAUGAUUGA